GUCUCUCUCAAACUUCACCCACCUCCACAUUCAAUCUCAAACAAACCAAGAAGCCCUGGCUGCUGUCGGGUCUAGGAGGGGAGGCCGGCCACCAUGACGGCAGGAAAGCCACCCAGGCUGAAGGCGUGCACCCAAGAGCACGCUGUGUGAGCCCGUGCAGGACCCCAGCAGCAUUGCUGACCAUGAGCCACCAGGUAAAGGGCCUGAAAGAGGAAGCACGAGGCAGAGUGAAAGGGCAGGCGAGGAGCGGCUCUCCACCCACAGGUGGCAAGUUGGGAAGGAGACCCUCGAGCAAGCGGGCUCCCAAAGCUCAGGGGACCCCGGGCAGGCGUGGAGCUCAGCGAAGCCGGAAGGAGCGCACAGGGGGCAGCCCAAGCCCGGGGUCUCCCCAGAGGAAGCAAGCAGAGCGCAGGAGACUCGGAGAGGAGCUGGGGAAACAGGAGCCGAGCAAGGCGGAGGGGACCUGGGAGGGGAGGAGGAAGCGGGACGAAAGGUCUUCCCUCAAGGAGCAGACAGCACCCUCAAAGAAGGAAAAGGAGAUUCCGAGGAAGGAGGAGAAGUUGAAGCGGCAGAAGAAACCCAGAUCAUCCUCAUUGGCCUCCAGUGGCUCUGGUGGGGAGUCCCUGUCUGAGGAGGAACUGGCCCGGAUCCUGGAGCAGGUGGAAGAAAAAAAGAAACUCAUUGCCACCAUGCGGAGCAAGCCCUGGCCCAUGGCGAAGAAGCUGACAGAACUUAGGGAGGCCCAGGAAUUUGUGGAGAAGUAUGAAGGUGCCUUGGGAAAGGGGAAAGGCAAGCGACUAUAUGCCUGCAAGAUGCUGAUGGCCAAGAAAUGGGUCAAAUUUAAGAGAGACUUUGAUAAUUUCAAGACUCAGUGUAUCCCCUGGGAAAUGAAGAUCAAGGACAUUGAAAGUCACUUUGGUUCUUCCGUGGCAUCAUAUUUCAUCUUCCUCCGAUGGAUGUAUGGUGUUAAUCUUGUUCUUUUUGGCUUAAUAUUUGGUCUAGUCAUAAUCCCAGAGGUACUGAUGGGCAUGCCCUAUGGGAGUAUUCCCAGAAAGACAGUGCCUCGGGCUGAAGAAGAAAAGGCCAUGGAUUUUUCUGUCCUUUGGGAUUUUGAGGGCUAUAUCAAGUACUCUGCGCUCUUCUAUGGCUACUACAACAACCAGAGGGCCAUCGGGUGGCUGAGGUACCGGCUGCCCAUGGCUUACUUUAUGGUGGGGGUCAGCGUGUUUGGCUACAGCCUGAUGAUUGUCAUUCGAGCGAUGGCCAGCAAUACCCAAGGAAGCACAGGCGAAGGAGAGAGUGACAACUUCACAUUCAGCUUCAAGAUGUUCACCAGCUGGGACUACCUGAUCGGGAAUUCAGAGACGGCCGACAACAAGUAUGCCUCCAUCACCACCAGCUUCAAGGAAUCAAUAGUGGAUGAACAAGAGAGUAACAAAGAAGAAAAUAUCCAUCUGACAAGAUUUCUUCGUGUCCUGGCCAACUUCCUCAUCAUCUGCUGUUUGUGUGGAAGUGGGUACCUUAUUUACUUUGUGGUGAAGCGAUCCCAGCAAUUCUCCAAAAUGCAGAAUGUUAGCUGGUACGAAAGGAAUGAGGUAGAGAUAGUGAUGUCCCUGCUUGGAAUGUUUUGUCCCCCUCUGUUUGAAACCAUCGCUGCCCUGGAGAAUUACCACCCACGCACUGGACUGAAGUGGCAGCUGGGGCGCAUCUUUGCACUCUUCCUGGGAAACCUCUACACGUUUCUCUUGGCCCUGAUGGAUGAUGUCCACCUCAAGCUUGCUAAUGAAGAGACAAUAAAGAACAUCACUCACUGGACUCUGUUUAACUAUUACAACUCUUCGGGUUGGAACGAGAGUGUCCCCCGACCACCCUUGCACCCUGCAGAUGUGCCCCGGGGUUCUUGCUGGGAGACAGCUGUGGGCAUUGAAUUCAUGAGACUGACGGUGUCUGACAUGCUGGUAACAUACAUCACCAUCCUGCUGGGGGACUUCCUGCGUGCUUGUUUUGUGCGAUUCAUGAACUACUGCUGGUGCUGGGACUUGGAGGCUGGAUUUCCUUCAUAUGCUGAGUUUGAUAUUAGUGGAAAUGUGCUGGGUUUGAUCUUCAACCAAGGAAUGAUCUGGAUGGGCUCUUUCUAUGCUCCGGGCCUGGUGGGCAUUAACGUGCUGCGCCUGCUGACCUCCAUGUACUUCCAGUGCUGGGCGGUGAUGAGCAGCAACGUACCCCAUGAACGUGUGUUCAAAGCCUCCCGAUCCAACAACUUCUACAUGGGCCUCCUGCUGCUGGUGCUCUUCCUCAGCCUCCUGCCGGUGGCCUACACCAUCAUGUCCCUCCCACCCUCCUUUGACUGCGGGCCAUUCAGUGGGAAAAACAGAAUGUAUGAUGUCCUCCAGGAGACCAUUGAAAACGAUUUCCCAACCUUCCUGGGCAAGAUCUUUGCUUUCCUCGCCAAUCCAGGCCUGAUCAUCCCAGCCAUCCUGCUGAUGUUCCUGGCCAUUUACUACCUGAACUCAGUUUCCAAAAGCCUUUCCCAAGCUAAUGCCCAGCUGAGGAAGAAAAUCCAAGCGCUCCGUGAAGUUGAGAAGAGCCACAAGUCUGUCAAAGGCAAAGCCACAGCCAGAGAUUCAGGGGACACACUGAAAAGCGGCUCUAAAAAUGCCACCCAGCUCCAACUCACCAAGGAAGAGACCAGUCCUCCCUCUGCCAGCCAAAGCCAGGCCAUGGACAAGAAGGCGCAGGGCCCUGGGACCUCCAAUUCUGCCAGGGGGACCAUGUUGCCUGCCUCUGGACAUCUUCCUAUAUCUCGGCCUCCUGGAGUCAGAACAGAUUCUGGCCACCCCCCAUCUCAGACUCAUCUGUGGAGGUCAGCCCCUGGGAAGAGUGCUCAGAGACCUCCCCACUGACGGCUGGGACUCCAAGGAGCCCCGAUCCUGGGGCUGAUCCUCAAGUUCCCCAGUUUUACACACACCAAAUCAAGGUUCUCUCCCUUCUUUCCUCUCACAUACAUGCUCUCUUUUCUCUCUUGGAAUGUGAGAACUUUGAUUCCUUCAGGUGUUUGUCAGCUACCAAAGGAGGAAGACAGUGGCUUCAACUGUCCUCCAGGAAAGCUGGAGCCAUCUCUGCACCAACUGCCCUCCCCAAUAUCUUGGUUCAGACAGUUCUGAACCCCACACUCACAGUGGUCGACCUUGACGCCAGACUUUGGGAGUUGCGGAAGGGCCAUGAUCACCCUCUUAGACUUUUCCCAUGGGACACAGGUUUCUGCCAGCUCCCUUAACUGGGAGGGGGAUGCAGAAGGGCCUACGUUUCUCAGUCCAGAGAAAGUGAGCCGGGCACAGUGGCUCACACCUGUAGUCCCAGCACUUUUGGAGGCCAAGAUGGGUGGAUCGCUUGAGCCCAGGAGUUCAAGACCAGACUGAGCAACAUGGUGAAACCCCAUCUCUACAAAAAUUACAAAAAUAUUAGCUAGGUGUGGUGCCGUGCACCCCGUAGUCCCAGGUACUCAGGAGGCUGAGGCAAAAGCAUCACUUGAGCCCAGGAGGCAGAGGUUGCAGUUAGCUAAGAUCAUGUCACUGCACUCCAACCUGGGCAACAGAGUGAGACCCUGUCUCAACAACAACAAUAACAACGGAAAAUCUGGCCAAGCAUGGUGGCUCACACCUGUAAUCCCAACGCUUUAAGAGGCCAAAGUAGGAGGCCAGGGGUUUAAGACGAGCCUGGGCAAGAUAGAAAGACCCUUGUCUCUACAAUUAAAUAAACAAACAAACAAAUAAAAUGUCCAAGAAGUGAAUGAAAAUAAAGGUAAAUGGAUCAAAGACCAGUCAUGGUGGGUGGGGAGUGGUGGGAAGAUUGGCGAUACCCCAGUACUCAGCCCGAGGGAAGCUUACACCAUGGAGCACAAAACAGGGACUGCAGCCUCCUAGCAGUGAAUCACAGGAGCAAGUGAGCCGCCCGGUGCCUCUUAUCUCAAAAGAAAACUUCCCCACGGCAGAAAAAUAUUUUUCAUGCACCAAAUUUUAAAAGGAAUUCAAUAACCAGAUUAUUGUACAAGGGACCUUGAAGAUGGUUUCUUUGAAAAGUUUUACAAAAGGUACAAUGCAGAGCGUUAUUUCUUGGAUUCUAUAUUCACUUAGUGUCAUAUCAUGGUUCUAUGCGGAAUAUUUCUUAGGGGGAAGAAGCCAGGGGCCAGACCAUUAAGAAGGCCUUGAUGGCAAAGGCAGAGCCUUGGCAGGGUGGGAGUCACAGUCCAGGACUCUGCAACAGCCCAGCUAUCUUGCAGACAGCUCCUUCCGUUCCUCCACUCUGUGCUCCCAGACCCAGGUGAGCAGUGUGGCCUCGGGAUCAAGGGACUCUCUCACCCCAUGUCUCUGAGUGUACCAUACCAGCUGUUGCAGCCACCACCCAACCAGGUCUCCAGAGGUUCUCAGGAGAAUCUCCAUACCCAGGAAGUCGGGCAAAAUCCUGGUAGAGUUGGAGAUUUUUAUAGCCAUUUCAUAAGUUGUACAAUUAAAAUAAUUUCUAACUUCCCUCCCAAAUCCUUUCCCUUCUCGACCCAGCACCAAAACUUCACAUAUAUACAAACUGCAAUGGAAUAAUAGGGACAUGUGACCAGGCGAAACAGGAUAAGUUAUUUUACACCAAUCUGUCUCCUGGCAAGGUUAAAGAGACAUGUUGCAACGCCCGAUUUCCAUGGAACCCAGGUCCAAUCCCCAAAUCCAAAACCGCCUGUGUCAUAAUGCCUUCCCCCAAGCUAACCUACCUGAGACCUCAAUACAGGGAUCCUGGCACUCAGGACCAGAAGGCCCAAAGAUGGCCACCACACCAACACCUGGCCUUCUGUGUCAGAAUGUCGGGCCCUGAGGAAGGGAACACUCUGCCUGCCUGAGCCAUUGGUCCCCCCUAGUGAUUACUGCCAGGCCUCCCCUGGUUACUAAUACACCUAAAUACCCACCACACACACAAACAAACCAUCCUGAUCUGAUGAAGUGUAAUUUUAUGUGAUGGAAUGUAUGUGUUACCUAAUGCCGCAUAACAAAUUAUUCCCAAAACAUAACAGCCUAAAACAACAAACAAUUAUUUAUUAUUGUA